GUUAAACGCAUUUUUUCUAGCACUACGAUGGGCUUGUGUUCCGGUACAAUGAAACGGCCUCGAAAUAAACGUUGACAUCUGCUCUGUUAACAGUGAUAUUUAGGUCCAAAUAUGGCGACGGUUGUAUGUUAACGCAGGGCUCAGGCUCGUCCAUGGAAGCGACUGGAAACAGAUAAUCGCACUCUUUCCGUGACUCCUUUCCAUGAUGAACUAUUAUAACGUAACUUACAGCUCAGGGUGUCAUCCUCAGUCGCGCAUUCAAACCAAAAUAAAUAGACCGAAAAUUCAGCGCCUUUUAUGAUGACACUGACGUGUAAACAACCAAAGCAACCGCCCAUCAUCGAUAUGCUUUGUCCAAAUUUCUAGCUGUCCUUUCUCAGGACUUUCACCUUGACCGUGCCUCUUCAACAUUAGCCGAUAACAGCUAUGGCGACAUAACAGGAAUCCCUUACUAUGAGUGAUGAUAAACCUUUCCAAUGUACUGCUCCUGGGUGUGGACAGAGAUUUACAAAUGAGGAUCACUUGGCUGUCCACAAACACAAACAUGAGAUGACCCUGAAGUUUGGCCCAGCAAGGAAUGACAGUGUCAUCAUUGCUGAUCAAACCCCUACACCUACCCGCUUUUUGAAGAACUGCGAGGAGGUUGGACUCUUCAAUGAACUUGCAAGUCCGUUCGACCAUGACUUUAAAAAAGCAGCUGAAGAUGACAUUAAAAAGUUACCAUUGGAUUUGUCACCUCUUGCAACGCCCAUCAUACGCAACAAAGUUGAGGAACCCACAGCUAUGGAGGCACAUCGAGAUAGCCCUCUGCCUCACCCUGAAUCUACUACGAAUGACGACAAGGACAUAUCUUUGCAGCCAGCCUCACUGCCAGCAUCCACUAUAGUCCAUCCUGCAUCCCUCCAAGUUCCCAAUGUACUUCUAGCAACCUCAGAGGCUAAUGUUGUAAUACAGCAAGCUCUCCCAUCACCAACAUCUAGCUCUGUUAUUACCCAAGUCCCAUCCACUAAUAGGCCUAUAGUCCCGGUUUCUGGCACCUUCCCUGUGCUGUUACAGCUGCCUAACGGCCAGACCAUGCCAGUUGCUAUACCUGCAUCUAUUACAAGCUCAAGUGUACAUAUUCCAACUACAAUCCCUCUUGUCAGACCUGUCACCGUAGUGCCUAAUGUCCCCGGGAUCCCAGGACCUUCCUCGCCACAGCCACAGCCCGCCCAAUCAGAAGCAAAGCUGAAACUGAAAGCCACAUUAAGCCAGCAGCUUCCUCAGGUAACCAAUGGAGAUGGCGGUGAAGUCCAGAGUAGCGCUGUAACCCACACUGCUGCUCCCACUUCUCCCGCUCCAACCCCAACCCCAACUCCAGCCCCGACCGCGGUCCUGACUCCUGCUCCGGCUCCUCACCUGCCCACAACUGAGGAACCUUCUCAUCAUUCCCUUCAGCAGCCAGCCACCUCCACCACAGAGACACCUGCUUCCCCAGUGCCCCCUGCGCAAAACCCUCCAAGCACAGGGGGUCGGCGGCGCAGAACCACAAGUGAAGACCCCGAUGAGAAGCGGCGCAAGUUCCUGGAGCGUAACAGAGCUGCAGCCUCUCGCUGUAGGCAAAAGAGGAAAGUGUGGGUCCAGUCUCUGGAGAAGAAGGCUGAUGACCUCAACUCCAUGAACGGGCAACUACAGAGUGAAGUCACCCUGCUGAGAAACGAAGUGGCUCAGCUGAAGCAGCUUCUUCUGGCUCAUAAAGAUUGCCCUGUAACCGCCAUGCAGAAGAAAUCUGGCUAUCACAUCUCUGACAAAGAUGAGAGCUGCGAGGAGAUGUCCGUCCCCAGCAGCCCGCAGAACGAGGCCAUCCAGCACAGCUCCGUCAGCACGUCCAACGGGGUCAGCUCCUCCUCCGCGACCCCAGCUGUCUCCGCCCCGUCCACAGCCGCCGCAGCCGCCACAUCAAACCAGAGCACAGAGGAGAGCAAGCCGCGAAGGGGCGCCACCCAGUCUCAGCCUUCAGGGAGUUGAUCGUCCCAAACUGUGCCCAAGCGUGAACACUGGAGUGCUGUUGCCUCUUCAAUCUCUCUGACAAACAGAGGAAAUGGAUUCUCUCUCUCAGCUUCAGUUUGGAUCGCACUGUUUUUAAUUUAUUCUUGAUUGGUUUGUUUAUGUUUGGUCCGUUUUUGUCCUCCGUAGGCAAUGCUUUUAAAAAUGCAAAUGUUUUCUCUGGAAUUGAUGAAGACAAAAGAACAGGCACUUUAGGUGUAAGAUGUAAAACACAUGAUUCUAAAAUGUUUUUGUAUUUGUUUGUUUAUUUAUUAUCCUUGAUAUAUUUUUUAUUUGAAAGCAUUCAGCCUGAAGAGGUUGAUCAAUGAAUUGUUAGACAUUACCAAAGUGUGUUGUAGCCCAUUUAUAAUUACUUUGCUUGUUUGUUUUCUUGACUUUUCUAAGCACUAUCUUUAUGAUGAAGUUAAAGAUCAGUCACUACCUUUGAAGUAUAUAAUUAGCUUUUUCCAUUUUGCACAUUUUGAGAGAUGGCAGGUUUACCUUUAUAGAGUUUGACAGUCCACAUGUUAAAAACCGGCAGCUUUUUAGAAGUCGAUUUGAAUACUGUCACUAUUACACACAUAAAUGGCUGAAUCAGAUAAAAAAUUUUAAAACGUUUCUGUGAGUGACAUCAGCUCUAGUCGCAUCGUGCAGUUUGAAUGUUUGCGCUCACCUCUGCUUGUAAAAAUAGGCUUAAGGAGGUGGGCUGGUUAGAAAUGUGCGUUGUUUCAUUAACAUUCCAUCUGUAGUCUGAUUGUUCCUGAAACAGUGAUUGUAGGAUUGCAGUACCUUUUCCACUACUCAAUCAUGGUGAUGUUGACUUCAUUCAGUGCCAUUAAUGUUUUUGUAUAAAUGACUUCUGUACAUUUUUAAUGCAGAAUGGGCCUUGGGUGAUGCAGAAUUGCUUGAGUUGAUCGCUGUCCUCCCCUAAAGGUCUCAUGAACAUAGUUUCUCAGUAAGGAAAUAUCUUGCUUUAUAUAAUGUCUUUGCUUUAUAAGUGACUGUUUAUGGCUUUAGUUUCUAAUGCAGAACACUUAAGGACAUAAUGCUGUUUUCAUGAUUGCAAUUCUAGAUGAGGUUUUUAAGAAAACAAAAAAAAACAUCAAUGUAACAUUGUAUGUAAUCUUUCUAGGUGUUAUGUACUUAGUUUUUUAUAGAAUAGUCUGGAUUCAGUAGCUGAGCCCUGUUGAUCACAUUAACACUGUUAGCAGUUCAAAACUGAUCCUAACAAUGUUUUCAUCAUUAGGAUAGACCUCUCCCUGACUUCAUACAUCGUCAUGUAAAGUUAAAGCAUUCAGAUGUGAACUGGAAUCAUGUCAUGUAUAUAAGACUAACACUACAACUGCUUGUAAGAAUUGUGAGCAUUUCUUCAUUGAAAUAAUAGUAUGAAGCAAAUCACACCAUGGAGUCAAUUUGCCUUUUCUCUUAGUCUGUACUGGCUUACUACUAUGUAGUUUUACAAGAAGCUAACACAUUGUUUUCUUGACGUAUGAUUUUGUUUAUUUAUUAUGUGCUAUCUGCAUGAGAUGAUAAUUCUCUGCGAGAAUUUAACUGUUUAUUUGAUAAUGUUUCAGUCAGAUAAAUAUCAUUAAACAAGUUGUUUCAACUUGAGUUGUGGCUCUAAGUUCAUGAAAGCUUUGGUUAUUUGUUUUUACCUGGACUUAACUGCUAAAAAAAAAGGGGGGUGUGAUACUGUGUUGAAUCUGUACUUGUAACUUGUGAGAGUUCUGUAUAAAAUUUUAAUUGAUAAGUUGUUGUAAUAAACCUUUUAAUAUCUCUUUAAAA